AUGCCCAGCUUGGUGGCAACCCCUCGAAGCUGCACCAGCCCAAGCUCUUCCAUGCCCAGACAAAGAAGCAGAACCACCUUUUGGGAACUCCACAAGCAGCUCGCAGAGUGUUACGAGGCUGACAUGGCGUGUUUGGAAGAGCACGGGGGCCAGAUCUCGCAUCUGCACCCGCAGACCAUCAGGAAGCGCGUCCAGAGCCUGAGCCAGCCACAGGACGGCGAGAAACGGAGUGACAAUCCCAGGGGCUCUUUCGCACCAGGAAGGCGAGACAAGUCCCUGAAGACGUUGCUGAAGGUGCAGGGUCAGAGCUUGGCCGCCUCAGCCACAGAAGCCAUCGAGCUGAAGCCUCACGACUGCUGGACGUCCUCCAAUGUUAAGCCGCAAGGGCCGAUGGUUCGCCAGAAGCUUUCAGAGGAGCGUGGAGAACGGCAGUACACCAAAUCCAGAAGAGAGAUCGAGACCCCGAUAACAUUGGAGGAGGCAGCAUCGCCCAUGGUAAGGAAGUGUGUGCUACAUCCAGGUGGCACGUGGCGUACGUUUUGGAAUGUGCUGGUCGCCCUCUGCAUCUUCUACGAUUUGCUAGUCAUCCCCCUGUACGUAUUCGAUAUUCCUUCGAACGUAUUUCUUGCAGUUGCGGGAUGGUACAUCCAACUUUUCUGGAAUGCAGAUUUUGUGAUUUCUUUCUUCACCGGCUUUUACGAUGAAGGAACGCUUGUCCUAGCUCCUUCGAGAAUCGCAUGUCAUUAUGCGAGAACUUGGAUGCUUUUCGAUAUCAGCCUCAUUUCCAUGGACUGGUCUUUUGUCGUGAUGGACACCAUGGAUGCAGCAGAAGCUGCGUCGCUGCAGUGGUCGCGCAGCUUACGCAUGUUGCGAUUCCUGCGCUUGGUGCGCAUGCUGCGAUGGGUCAAGCUCCGGCGAGUCAACGAAGUCUUCCAAGAAUAUUUUCAUUCGCAGGCUGCGAGCUUGUAUUACGGUCUGGCCAGCAGCAUCGCUCAUCUCAUGAUAUUGAACCACUUGAUUGCAUGUGCCUGGUUUGGUGUCAGCCGCCUCAGCACUGACAACUGGGUCUUGGACAGCAACAUCGAGGAGGAAUGGAUGGGACACCAGUAUCUGGUUUGUCUCAAUUGGGCAUUUGCCCAACUCGGUGUUGGUAGCAGUUCCGCAAAGCCAACAAACAGCUUGGAGUUUGCAUUCUGCAUCCUCAUCACUUUCCGCUCUUUGAUUACAUCUUCCACCCUGAUCUCAACCGUGAGUAACUUGAUGGCAGGGCUCAGCAAAAUCAAGGAGGAUGAGAACACCGAAUUCCGGCUUCUUCGGUGCUACCUGUCGCACAACGACAUCCAACCCGAGCUGGGCCAGAAAGUGACGCAGUUUCUGCAGCACCAGUAUACGCUUAGGCAGGAAGCAAGGUCUGCCGACAUGGAUGUGCCCCUGCUUGAGCUGCUGUCCCAUCAGCUACGAGGUGAGCUCCAGUUUGCGAGGCACCGGAAGUCCCUCAGGAAGUUGGCAUUUGUUGACGACAUGAUCGAGGGUGAAGACUUGCAGACGUUGCAUGUGCUGCACCGCUUGGCCAUGACAGCCCUGAGCAAUGCGUCGGUGGCGAGCAAAGAUAUCAUUUUCUUCAGCGGCACCAGGGCCUCGCACGCCUACCUCAAGCUGAGUGGCGACUUGAUCUAUUUCACAGAAAACGCUGAGGAAGAGUCCGUGGACAGCAGUGCGUGGAUAGCAGAGAUUUGCUUGUGGACUCCUUGGGUCUACUUGGGCGACUUGAUGGCAGAGGAUGUCACCCGACUUGCCAUUCUGGACGCUGAUCAAUUCUGCGAGAUCAUGGCACAGAGCUGGCUAACUCAACGAGCCGCCGCCAAGCACGCCAGGCAGUACCUUGAAACUUUGAAGCUAAAGCAGGACCAAACUGAGUGGACCGACCUCUUCCCUCGUGACGAUCCACAGCGCAGUGUGUCUGCGGGUCCCUUCGCAGCGGAUCUGCCGAAGCAGUGCUGCCCACGCUUCUUCUCGAAAACGCCACAGGGAUCCACGAAGGUGCGUCGGAAAGUCGCACCUGCCGCUGCGAAGAUGGAGUUCGACGAUGUGAGGGGCCCUAGCUAG